AGUUACGGAGAGAAGUAAAGAUAAGCCUCUACAAUUUCAACUAGCAACCAAAAAUCAAAAUCGUCUUCCUCUAUUCCUUGAAACAUCAAAGCGAAAAUUGAUAUGUCGCAGCUCAUCCUCGGGACGCUCUUUGUGGCACACGCCACAUGCUCCGUGAGCAUGGUUUUGUUUAACAAGACCUUGGCCAUGGGCUUCGAUUAUCCGUGGACUGUGGUCUUCAUCCAAAACAUCGGAACCAUUUUUCUCGGCUUUCUUUGGCCACUAUGCUUCGGAAAAGAGGAAUUGAAAGUGAGCGCGGAUGCGGCUGGAGGUAUUUGGGCAUUUAAUGUUCUUACUUAUCAUGAUUCUUGAAUGUUAGUUGUAGCAACGCAUAUCUAUGGGCACGAUAGCAAUUUUUUUGAUGUUGAUCCAUCCUGGUAUAACGUCAUUCAAGCCUUCCCUCCAUCGCUAGAUUUGAUGUCAAAUCAUGCAGCCAAACAAGCUUUAUUGGUAGUGAUAUUUAUCCUUUAUCCCAUCUUUCUAAAAUCCAGGCGAACGACGAAAGAUCUGUGGGCUCGUUGUGCCCUCAGCGUGGAAGAAUAAGAUGUGGGUUGUGGCCCAAACUAUGUUCUUCGUCGGGACUUUAUAUUUCUCCUUGAAGGCCUUGCGGUUCAUGUCUGUUCCACUCUACGUGGUAGCACGCAACACAGUGCCUGCAGCAACAGCGCUGGUCGAGCGAGCCUUCACGGGAACACCGAUAAAUUUCGUACCUGGAAUUGGGUUGCUGUGUACUGUCAUAGGAGCAGUCCUGUAUACAGCUGGAGACAUGGCGCCUGCGACGACAGGUGGUUGUAUGACAGGACAUGAUUCAAUUUUUCCCGUGCUUGAGUUUCCAACCUCUAGUACUUGAUCUUCAUUACGUCUCACAAACUUGAUAUAAUCCUCGCUCCUGAUCAACUACAGAAGUAUGUCGUGAUUGUUCUGCUUAAGAUAAAGACGUCUAAUAUAUGGCGAUCAGGAUCAUCAACAAUCCUUCUGAUCCGACAUGAUCAUCUCAAGUUACGUCAUCUUUUUUUCGUCUAAUAUCCCGAAUCGUGCUCCAGCUCCUGUGAUCGAGAGCAGCGGACUUGCAUACGCUGUUUUGCUUGUCGUAAUCGUCGCUGCUUGUUCCGUAGUGGAUAAGACUGCGAUUUUCUACUUGAAGAAGGAAGAAGGCAUCAGUCCUGUGGAGUCAAAUCAAAACCGCUGCUUUCUGUCACUCCCGGUCAACAUUUUGCUGAUUCUAACACUAGAGCUGUACAAGGAAAAUGUAGUGAAGGCAGGACGCAGGCUCCUAUCUGCAAUGUUGGGAUUAGAAGAUGAUUUUUGCGAAGGAGAUGAAGUAGAGAGCCAACAUCUUCUUGCAACAACACCUCCGACGCUUGCUUCCACUUCGUCAUCAGGAGAAAUCUUGGCAUCAACUUCCUCAUCUUCAUCAUCAUGGAGGCAACAAAACUCAGGCUUAACAUCGGCAAUUAGUUCACAGCCCAUACCUUCCACAUCCUCAAUUUUAGUCUCUCCAUCCUCUUCUUCCGCUCUCUUAGCGUCAACACACCUUUUUGCGGAUGCCACGCCAGAAGCAAGCAGCUCCAAUUUAAGGCUCUGUACUAGUAAAGGUCUAUUCAGAAUAUCAAAGUAAUGUCUACUAGCGCUCCCCUAAAUUUUUACAUUGAUGAGAAAUCAAACCGGAAGAAAAUAGUGCCGCAAAAAAAAUCAAACUGCAUGCCACAUGCCAAAUAAUGUCUUUCCUUCCAACCUCAUCAUCUUCUAAUUUCGCGCUUCCUAACCUCUUCGAGCGACGAACUACACCAAAGCUUGCCACCACUUCUAGAAAGCUUUAUAAACGACAUGCAUGGUCCAAUGCUAGUGGCUCUUCUCCUAUCAACCUUCUUCGGUUUUGGCAUCGGAACUUUCAACUUCAUUUAUGGUCUUGGUUGUAAAGCAUACAAGCGAAGUAAUGAACCUAAAACUGAAUGAUCACAUAUGGAAGUUGAUGUCAAGAAGUGGUCAUCUUCGUGUUUAUUUUCAUACGGGCACUACGGACAGUGUCAUCAGAGGCACAUACAUGACAUGUGUUUAUUUUCAUACUCCCUGGAUGAAUCUCUGGUGUCCCUCCACGUUCACCCAAAAUACCCAUUCGCAUUCUAAAAUACGCUACAGCAAAAAGUUACAGCUGCGACGGUGCAGGUAGCGAACAUCUUCUACAAGUUGAUGACGACGAUCUUGUCAAGGGCUACACAUCCGACACCCGUUUCGUUAAGACAGCAGACAAGAACUGUGGUUACUCAACACACACAUCGUUACACCGGUAUUUUAGCGCUCCUCCGGAGUUACUAGAUUACUGGUUGGCCUCGCAAGUAGACGCUAAUAGCUACACAAGAGGCACCAUGACAUGACAUGACAUAGCAUGGCUCUGGUAUUUUUGGUAUAGCCUGAAUUUGAUCCUAAGGGUUCUCUUCUUGUUUUCAACUGCUUCUUGUUUUAAGAGAACUCACUCUAACUUCCACCGCUUCUUGGUUUGGUAUAGCCUGAAUUUGAUCCUAAGGGUUCUCUUCUUGUUUUCCCUUAUGAUCAAAUUCAGGCUAUACCAAAAAUACCGGAACCACUCAUGUUUCUCGAUGCCUCCUCAUCCUUCUUCUUCAUUGACUUUUGCUGUUGUAGCACUAUGAUACUUCUUAACUUCCUCUUCUUAGUUGGGGAACAAGCAAAAGCAAGAACUCACUCUAACACCCACCGCUUCUUGGUGUGGUUUUGCCGUUUCCCUAGCUGGCGUUGGUUUGUACACUUUCGGAAAUCAAAUUACCACUUGGUGCUAUGGAGAAAGCAACACGACUGGUGGCGUGGAUUCACCCGCAAACGCAAAAUCUGGUGGAGCUGACUCACAGACGUCCCCAACGUCUGGUGCGAAAAGUUUUCAAGCCGGUGCGGGAACAUCUUCCAAGACCGCUGGCGGGACAAUAGAGAUGGGAAUAAAAUUAAGGGUAGGUUACAGGUGCUCUUCUUACCGCUUUUUAUGCCUCUCCUAAGGGAGAAAGGCAUAACAAGCGGGGUAAACGAGCACCAAAAGCCUACCUCUAAUAAAAGGAGCUUCGAGCAGUUCGACGUCUGAUUUGAAGCCGCUGACAGAGGUGAAUAUCGAGGAUGAUUUCGAUUCCUCCGAUGAGAUAUCUUCCAGUUCAAGGCGUGAUUUGGAAGCGCAGAUUGGGAAGAGCAAAUAUCUAGAAUAGCGACGACUUUGGCAUCAGGUUCUUGGGUAGAGGUCGUGCAGAUGAUGGAUAGGGUGGGAUACUGGGAUUUGCGAUCAGGUUGGGUUGAGGUCGUGCAGAUGAUGGAUAGGGUGGGAGACAACUGGGAAGAUGUUUCAUCCUUCCUCUGCCAUUCUAUUGAACGCACAAUGGUGAUGAUGGAUAUUCACUAGAGAUGCACACAUUACAUGCUACGACUGGAACGCAGAGUGUGUCCUCGUCAUGGCUAGAAGAACUUUGAAAGACGACGAGAAAUAGAGGAGCAAUUUUUGUCAACACAGGAAACGUAGUGAAGAUCAUUGACCUUGACGUCACACUGACUAGUAUGCAAUGAUGUCGAUCAAGGACAUACUGGCGACAACACUUAUGCGUGCGUACUCACGUUCGCCCUCGACGUCGACGGAUGCAAUGCCUUGCAUUGAAUCACCAAGAAUAGAUGAACAUGCCGAAUUGAUGGC